CGCGUGCGCCGGUCGUGUAACUAACUAAGAAAUAUCGAUUGCGAAGUGUUAAAGUGUAAAUUACACUCGAGUGUCAAGUGUUUCGGUGUAAUAGAUUUGUGAUCUAUGUGUGUCUGAGACGGAUUUUGUUGGAGUUUAUACACUUAUUGGAACAUUUUUGAUAACUCUUCGUAGAGCCAUCAAAAAUGUUGAAAUGAUUCGACAGUAGAGUUUUGAGGUGAUGUAACAUGGAGGCAUCGUCAUCGGACUACAGCGACGAGGAGGUGGGGGUCAUCGCAAGGGGCCAAAAGCUAUGGGUACGAGGGGUUCGCGCACAUACUACCUGCGCUGACAUCGUCCGCGCGCUGCAGGACGCGCCUGAAGCUGGAAGUGGGCUGAGCGAGCAAGGGGAAUGGGUCUUAGCGGAGAGGUGGCGCGGUGUUGAAAGACCUUUGCCUCCAGACGCGCCUGUACUGCACGUCCUUGCAGCUUGGGGAGACGCCAGACAUGAGGUACGGUUAUCACUUCGGCGUCUAUCAAGCGGUGGAGAGGAUGACUCAGGUCGUGACAGCGACGCAGGCAGUCGAGCUAGCGCAAGAAGACGUCGUAAGAAAGGCCUCCGAGCCGCCACUCCACCACCACGAGCACGAGAAGACCCAGCUGCCAAACUAGUUUCCAUCAUACAGCAUCAGAGCAGAACGAUACAUCAGCAAUUGGACAAGCUAAGGGAGCAAGAAAAAGUAAUUGAUCAUUUGGAAGAUCAAACACAUAAAAAUCGAAUGGAAAAGCACGGAACUAAUUACUUACUCGAAUCGUAUCUAAGAGAUCUUGGACGAUGUAGUGAAGUAAACGAUAGCCAAGCCGGCAACAGUGACAGCGGUGUAGGUGUUGGCAGCGGUACACCCCCAAGAAGACAUACCAAACACAAAUCAAGAAGAGAGAGACAACUAAUGAGAGAGCAUUACUUUACUAAAGAAUUAACAGAUAUUUGUCAAGUGAACUCAGAAAGACUUGUACAGACCCACACGGACACUGAUUCGGAUGUAUCCGCUGAUGAAUUAUCAAGGAUACGAGAAGAAAUUGAACUUUUAGAAAAGCUUGCCAUCAUAAAUAAAAGAUUACAUCGAGAAGAAGAAUUAGUAGUUAGACUAACAGCUAAAGUGAAAAGAUAUAUGGAUGAGAAUAAAGCAAAUAGUUGCGAAAAUGUAACACAAGUGAGUAUGCUUAUUGAUAAAAUAGAAGAAGAGUUAACGAAUACAGCACAAGAGAUGGAAAGUAACGCAAUCGAAUUAGCGAGAACGGAUAGAGAAAUAGAGGAUAGAAUUAAAUUACUAGACGAGUUGACAUUAGAGCUUGAGGAAGAAGAAUUACAGAAUACAGUUCUCGAGAGAAAACUUAAUGAAGCAUCUAGUAGACAACCGAUACUUCUUCAUGAAAGCUAUGUACCCGUACUAGAUCAGGCUAAUACCCAGCCUGUGUUCACAUAUGAAACUACAGGCUACAUUUUAGACACUCUUGUAUGAUACAGGAUGGUGCAAAAUUUAUCCCAAAGAAGAACUUUGUAAUUACCAUUUAUUUAAAUUUCAAAUCUGAUAGUGAUUAUAAUCCAAAUGUAAAACGAUCCACAAAAGUUCAAUUGUAUAUAUUUACGUU